UUAAAACCCAAUGCCUUCACUGUGCCAAGCAAUUCAAUAUUGCAUUCAACUGCAAGUAUUGGAGAUAUAUUGGCUGUAAUAUUGGAGCCAUGAAUAUUAUGUAGAUGGGAUAGUAGCCAUGAUAGAUAUGUUAUAAUAAUUAUGCACUAGCAGACAUAGCAAUAAAAUCAGUACCAGUGAUAUUUCCUGUAAUGGAAUGAUAUUCUUUUGAGAAUGUCUGUUGAAAUGGAGCAAGGAGAUAAUAUAGAGGAUGUGGUGCGAAGAAAUAAGGUGGCAGUGAAAAACCAGGAGAAUCCCUUUUCACCAGAUGGGGAACUCAGUCACAAGGGGGACGAGAUAGUGAAACGUUCAACAAUAACACGAAAUGAGGUGAUAAUAUAUGACCCUGACCUUGUACCAGAGGAGGUCGAGGUCAGUGAAACUGUCGAAGCCGUAGAGGCAACCCCCAAUGCUAGUCAGCCCUCCAGGCCAAAUGACUUGCCUAAGGAGAAUGGUAAAGACACUACUACCCCACAAGAGGUAGAUGUGGAGGUCAAAGACAAUGAAGCUGAGACUCCAGGACAUGCAGAAAAAGUUACUCUACCAAAAGACAAAGGGAAAUGUAAAUGCUGCGUUAUUCAGUAGCAUGAUGUUGUGGAAGUAGUUAGCAGCCCUUGUCUAUAACAUACUAUAAAAAAUAUAAUGGUAGGAUGUAAUCUCAAGCAACUAGCAGACAUAGAAUAAUAAUAAUUAGCGGACUAACUGCUAGUGCUCCUCGCUGCCAUGUGUCCACACACUUUCAGGACGUAUUAGCUAAAACUAGGAUUUCUGAAACAAUGAGGAUGGCGGUUGGCAACUAGUGUUUCUCAAACAAUGGGAAUGGUG